AUGGAUGCGCCAAUGACUGCAGCUGGUAACAAGCCCCAGCUUCAAAAUGCCACAUGGAAGAUGCUAUUCCUUUCCAUCUGGGUUUCAUUUGCAGCCUGGAUCUCAGCUUUUGACAGCGGGUAUGGAGGUGUUGUCUUAAUCAUGCCCUCCUAUCAAAAAGCAUUCGGUCACUGCGCCCAGACCCCCAAUUCAAGCCCUGGAGCCCCUGAUAAAUGUGCUCUCACCACAUUGCAACAAUCUCUCAUCAGCGUGAGCUACCUCUUCAUGGGAGUUGGCAGCGCGGUAGCUGGAAUUUUUGGGCCAAGACUGGGCCGCAAAGGGACUAUCCAGGUGGCUUGUGUGUUCUGUAUCAUUGGAGCUGCCGGUAUGCUCGGGACCUCAGGCAAUUUCCUCAAUUAUAUGGUAUGCAAGUGCAUUAACGGUGUUGGUAACGGUCAGCUUCUGGCUGCGAGUAUCGUGUACGGCUCGGAGUGCGUCUCUGCAAAUAAGCGGGGUCUCUUGCUCGGGAUUUUCAACAUCGGCCUUGCGAUGGGAAACGUGGCAGCAGCAGCUGUUUGUGCGGGCUCGGCGACUCUGGCGCCGGACAAUGACUGGCAGUGGAAAACACCAAUUAUCUGUCAGAUCCCGUUGGGUUUAACUCUCGGUGUUGGUAUUCUCAUGUUUCCCGAGUCUCCGCGAUGGCUAUUGAUGAAAGGCAAAGAAGGUGAGGCUCGAAAGUCGUUUGCUAGUUACCAGGGUAUGGACUCGCAUUCGGCUGAGAUCACUGCGCAAGUGCAAGACGUUCAAGGACAUCUUGAAUUUGAACGAUCGAUCGAUGCCAGCACAUCCUGGAUUGAGAUAUACCGUGGUUCUAACCUCCGUCGAACUGCAGUUUCGUCGCUGAUCUUGAUCGGGCUUGCCAUCACGGGUAUUCAAUUCAUUGCACCAUAUGCAGCCCUCUUCUUCAGUGGGGUGGGAAUUGAGAAUCCAUUUUUGAUCAAUGUCAUUGUUGGACUAUGCAUUCUUGGAGGUGCAGGCAUUGGCCCGAUGGUCCUCGAAUACGGGGGACGACGAUUCGCAAUGUUAUCUGGCUACGGUAUGAUGGCUAUAUGCAUGCUUAUCCUAUCUUCCGUGAGCACUGCUCUCGGAUCAGAUAAUAAGGUUUCUCAGAACGUUGUCGUUGCUUUUUUGUGUAUAUGGGCAUUCAUCUUUGGUGGAUUCAUCGGUCCCAGUGUUUGGCUGGCGUCUGCAGAGAUGCAUAGCGUGCGGCUCCGAACUUAUGGUCAAGCGAACACAACCUUUCUCUAUGAGAUAUUCUCGUUUGCGGUCCAGUUCUGGACACCAUACAUGCUCAAUGAGAAGUAUGGUAAUAUGGGAGUCAAUGUUGGCUACUUUUACUUUGGACUGACGGUGGUUGUUUUGGUGCUCGUGUUCUUCUUUGUGCCGGAAACGGCUCGUCUGACCCUGGAGCAAAUCGAUGAUUUCUUCCUUUCUGGCAAUAAGGCGUGGAAGACAUCGACCAAGAAAAACAUUGCCGUUGCUCAUGGCAAUCUCCUAGGCUCAUCAAAUCCCACGCAGGAAACAUUUGUACUUUCAAAAGACGCAGCCCCGCACUCGGAGCACGCGAGCGUGGCUUAA